AUGCUCUCAAAAGCAGAAAACGAAGCACUUCGAACUUUGAAGGCCGGCAAAAGCAUUAUCAUACUCCCGGCCGAUAAAGGACGAUCGACGGUCGUACUGAACAAGGAGGACUACGUCAACAAAGUCGAGGCCCUUUUGGGCGAUAGAACUGCCUACAUUCCUUGUGAAGGGGAUACGACGAAGACUCUAACGAGCAAAAUCAACGAGGACCUGGCAAAUCUUCGGAAGUCAAAAGCGAUAACACAGUUUGACUGGCAGAGGAUGAAACCAAAAGAUUCCGCGAUCGCGAGAUUCUAUGGUCUACCCAAGGUCCACAAACCAGGAACCCCCCUACGACCGAUCGUUUCUCUAAGAGGCACCCCAACGUUUGGCCUGGCUAAGUGGCUGUUCCAGCGCCUGAAAUUUCUAACUCAAGGUUCUGAAACAACCAUCAACUCAGCAGAACAAUUCCUUGAGAAACUGCAAGGUAUCAGACUUACAGAUGACGAAGUGUUGGUAUCUUUCGACGUGAUAUCACUCUUCACUUCGAUCCCACAAUAUCUCGCGGUUGAAACUGUGCAAACCUUGCUGGAGCAACGUUAUAACGAGACGGACAACAAACUUAAGAUAAAACACCUUGUCGAUCUCCUGCAACACUGCUUGAAGACCUUCUUCACCUUCAACGGAACCACGUACGAACAAGUUAAAGGUACACCGAUGGGGUCGCCGUUAUCCAGCUUGAUUGCUGAGGCAGUGUUACAACGACUGGAGGCACUGGCUUUUGAUCACUACCGACCACGACUGUGGGUACGGUAUGUUGAUGACACAUUCGUCAUCAUCAAUCGGGACAGGAUUGGGGAAUUCGCGCAACAUCUGAACUCGAUUUUCCCGGAUAUGCAGUUCACGAUGGAAGAGGAAAAAGAUGGCCAGUUGCCGUUUCUCGACGUACUAGUCCAGAGAAAAGGCGAUGGGGGACUAAAAACAACAAUUUACCGGAAGGCGACGAAUACCUCUCGUAUUCUGAGUUUUCUCAGCAACCACCCCCUUUCGCACAAACGCAGCUGCGUAAGAACACUCUACCGACGUGUAGAAACCCACUGCACGGAGCCAGCCGACAAGAAGGCCGAGGCGCAGUUCCUGAGGAAACUCUUCAUCAUGAACGGCUACCUUGGGAAUUUCGUCGAAAAGUGCAGGCGAGAAAUCCGGGGAAGAAAACCGAAGGGGCAGCCGAAACCGAAGUGCUGGCGCGCAGUGCCGUACAUAGCUGGUUUGUCAGAAGAAUUCGCCAGACUGGUGAGCGAAUUUGGGAUCGGCGUCGCGCACAGACCUGAAGCAACAAUCCGCCGGCAACUCAUGCAGCCCAAGGAUCCGAUUCCCAUAGAUGAGAAAUCGGGAGUCAUUUACCGGAGAGACUGCAAUUGCGGUCAGGCCAGUUAUGUUGGUGAAACCGGCAAACAGGUCCGCACGAGAAUGCACGAGCAUGAAUUGGCCGUGAGACGGAACGACAAACUCUCCUUGGUAACCGCCCACGCCUCCUCGCCAGGGCACGCCUUUGACUUCGAGAGCAUGAGAAUACUGGGGCAGUCAGACAACCGAGUUGCUCGCCUGCUGCAGGAAGCGUGGCACUCAACUGAGGACACGAUCAAUCGACAUAUCGAUCUGCCAAUCGCUUAUCAAGCACUGCGUGAACAAAUCAGCAGCGCAGCUUGA